CCGUGUACCUGCGGUUGUCCCGUGUCUCACCGGACUCCACUCGUCACUCCCGAUUUGUCCUCUGAUAGGAGGACCUCGGCGCUGCCUCCCUCCCACCCAGCCUCGCUCCUCUCUCCUCUUCGGUCGUGUUUACUACAGCCCUAUAAAUUCCUGAGGGUGCGCAUAUCGCAUCCUCAGAGGGGAAUGGAAAAGGAGGAGGUGUAGAGUCAAGAAAACAAACCAGUCAAGGAAGAAUAUAGCCACAUCUUCAUUUUCUGUUCAUUUAGAAUUAACGCAGGAGAAAACCAGACCUCCGCAGAGCCAUCCGAUAGGAAACCGCACUGGAGGUAGAGAAGGGUAAUCGCGGAUGCUCAAUACACGGACAGAAAAGACGAAAAAAAAAAUCUAAAGAGGAAUAAGCUUUUGCAGUCAUCAGUGAUGGACUCCGGCUAUCGGCGCUGAGACUCCCAGUUCUUCAGUCAUUCUGAUGACCACAGUCACUCAUGGCCCUCAUUCAUGAACCUCGUGCCCCAUCACCCUCUCUUUCCGGCUUCAACACUCCGCUCUCCGAUCCUCCUUCCUUUCGCCGCCUCGAUGCUGAAACACCCUGCACCCCAGAAAUGGACCUGACCCCAACCCAGUGUGUCCUUCGUAACGUCCUCUCCAUAGACACCGGAGGAGCUGUGGAGCCGGGAGGCGGAGGAGGAGAGGGACAAACUGCCGGACACAACCAGACACCCUGCGAGGAACAACAGGAGCACUUUGCCAACAGUGUCCUGAAACUCCAUGAGCAUGAUGGCAGUCCUGGAAGGACGGAGGGAGAGGGACAGGAUACGGACAGCAGUGCGGUCAGGAGCCAGGCGGAUGAUGCCAGGUUACAGUGCCAGUCUACAGGAGGGGGAGGAGGGUUUCUGGAGGGUUUGUUUGGGUGUCUGCGGCCUGUCUGGACAAUGAUUGGAAAAGCCUACUCCACAGAGCACAAGCAUGACCUGGACGAGGAGUGGGAAGUUCCGUUCGAGGAGAUAUCGGACCUACAGUGGGUGGGCAGCGGAGCCCAGGGCGCCGUCUUCCUCGGUAAACUGCACGGGCAGGAAGUGGCUGUGAAGAAAGUGCGUAACAUAAAAGAAACAGACAUCAAGCACCUGCGGAAGCUCAAACAUCCAAACAUCAUCACCUUCAAAGGUAUCUGUACCCAGGCUCCAUGUUAUUGUAUCAUCAUGGAGUACUGCGCCCAGGGACAGCUGUACGAGGUGCUGAGAGCGGGCAGGAAGAUCACUCCAUCCCUGCUCAUGGACUGGGCCAUGGGUAUCGCUGGGGGCAUGAACUAUCUUCACCUCCACAAAAUCAUCCACAGAGACCUCAAGUCACCCAACAUGCUGAUCACCUAUGAUGAUGCAGUGAAGAUCUCUGAUUUUGGCACGUCUAAGGAGCUCAAUGACAAGAGCACUAAGAUGUCCUUUGCUGGCACUGUAGCCUGGAUGGCACCUGAGGUCAUACGCAAUGAACCUGUCUCAGAGAAGGUGGAUAUUUGGUCAUUUGGUGUGGUGCUGUGGGAGAUGUUGACAGGAGAGGUGCCCUACAAAGAUGUGGACUCCUCCGCCAUCAUCUGGGGAGUGGGCAACAACAGUCUGCAGCUGCCUGUGCCAGACAGCUGUCCAGAGAGCUUCAAACUGCUCCUGAGGCAAUGCUGGAACUGCAAGCCCAGAAACAGACCUUCAUUUCGACAGAUUCUCCUGCAUCUGGACAUUGCCUCAGCAGAUAUAUUAUCUACCCCACAAGAAACUUACUUUAAGUCUCAGGCGGAGUGGAGAGAUGAGGUGAGACAUCACUUUGAGAAGAUUAAGUCUGAGGGCACCUGUCUUCAUAGACUGGAUGAGGAGCUGAUCAAACGACGCAGGGAAGAACUGAGACAUGCACUGGACAUCCGAGAGCACUAUGAAAGGAAACUGGAGAGAGCCAAUAAUCUCUACAUGGAGCUCAAUGCUAUCAUGCUGCAGCUGGAGAUCAAAGAGAAGGAGCUGCUCAAGAGGGAGCAGUCACUGGACAAGAAGUACCCAGGCUGCUUCAAGCACCACAGUUCCAGACAGUCAGCCUCCUCCAAUUCCAUGGAGAAACUCAUGAAGAAACGCAAUGUACCUCAGAAACUGCCCUCACACAGCAAGAGGCCAGACUUACUAAAGUCAGAGGUCAUCCUCCCUAAACUGGACUCAUCCAUGACCCAGGUCACAAUCCCCAACAAGGGCUCCACCUCCCCAGGCCGCUCACGCCGAGGAAAACCCCGCUACAGAAAGGCUGGUAAAGGCAGCAGUGGAGACUUGGCUCAGCUGAAAGCCACUCUGUCCUCAUCUUUAGCAAUGAUCAAUGCAACCUCAUCUGUUCCCAGCAAGCACCGUCUAGACCCCAGUGCAGCCCUCAGGGGCUUACAGCAUGACCUUCUCAUCAAAAAGAUGUCCUCCUCCAGCCCUGAUCUUAUUUCUACCACUCUGGAGGUUGAGGGACGAAGAAAAGGGCAGGUGAGAUCAGGACUGGACAGAGUGGGUAGUCAGAGCGCCUCAGCUGGGCUGGAAGAGAGUAGAAGGACUGAUGGGCCAGAGGAGGGGCCUGACGUGGGGGUGGGGGCUGAUGACUUAGCAGAAACGCCUCCACGCAGCGAUACACCGAGCGAAGAUGCAGCAUCUAUUCCUUUUUCCAGCAGCCCCGACUCCCCUUGUGGCAGAGGAGCAGCUGCGGGCAGGGCAUCUGCACUCGGGAACACUCGUGUCACCCAUGAAGGUGAGGAGAAGGAGGAAGGGACAGUGAUUACACGCUCACCCAGAAGUCAACGCCUUACACCUUCAGCACUGCUCUACAGGGCAGCAGUUACACGCAGUCAGAGACGUGGUGUGUCAUCAGAGGAAGAGGAAGGAGAAGUGGACAGUGAAGUGGAGCUGCCCAGGAGACGGAGACAUGUGAGCAUCACCAAAUGCCAGUCCCUGUCGACCUUUAGCUCAGAGAACUUGUCCGUUUCGGAUGGUGAGGAGGGGAACACCACUGACCAUUCCCACAGCGGCACACCUGACGUGGUGAGCACCAACACCGACGAACGUUUGGACGACAAGAGCGAUGACCUGCUGUCUCAGGGCUCAGAGAUUCCUGCUGACCCAUCUGACCCCACCCAACUGGGCUCCGAUGGGCUGUCUGAAAAGGAAGCGAUUCUGCAACAAGUCAAGACGCAGCUUGCUUCAAAUGACCCUAAUUACGAGGGCCUGUAUGAUGACUCAGACUGUGACAGUGCAGAACUGGACCAUUCAUGCACUGCAGACCCCAGUCAACCUCCAACCAACUGGUGAAAACCUGACACCUCAACCCAUUCAACCACCUGCAGACCUGACCUCUCAGUACCUCUUUCACUCUCACAGACCUUAGAAACUCUGAGUUGUUAUCAGGGACAUUACAGGGAGGCAGGAAAUUGAACCCUGUGUUCUCAAUAACCAGAUAUCCUGGUUUGGGAAAAAAAAAAGUCCCAUUUCAUUUAGAGAUAAAUGCAUCACAGGGAUGUGAAAGUGAAUUCGGGCGCUAUCCGAGCUGACAGAGCGGCAGCACCCUUUGUUCUCUCCAGAUCAGUUUGGCAAAAACACAUCAAAUGACACCUCAGCAACAAAAGCCUCAGUCAAAGAGGCCGUCAGCUCAACUGUCUACUGUCAUACUUCAUGUCCGUUUUCUAAUUUUAUCUUAUAAUUUCACAUUGUGUCAUAUGAAAAAAAUGAUCAUGAAAUUGUAUAAUGGUUUAAGUGUCAAGUUUACUGGGGACAGCCAGUGUUGUUCAUUGCACUUAUAUAAUGAAAUCUGAUUUUUUUUUUCCUUAAAACCUUAUGCACUAUUUAUUAGAAAGAAAACAAUGUUUACAUCUUUUUGUGUUGUUUACAUUUUUAUUUAUGAUCAUGUCAUGGAUUGUGUCAUGGAUUUUCUACUUCUGUUUUAGUGUACAUGUAUGAUGUAAAAUGAUGUAAAAGGAACAAAUUUUUAAGAUGUGAGAUUGUAUAAUUUAAGGUGCUGAUGUUUCCAGUUAGGUGGAACUAUUUUAUUUGAAUUUCUCUCUAAAGCUCUUAGUAGUAGAAUGUACUGUAGCUGCUGUUCUUGUCUGAGCAUCAAAACAGGAAGAGGUGGAACAAACGUGAACAAAGAAAAAGCAAUAUGUCUGCUCUGGUAUCAAGGCCAUGUUCAUUUAGGGCAGAUGAGCUUUUUUUUUUUUUUUAAAAAAACAAAAAAAACUUAGUAUUGCAGUGUUUACUGUAUUAAAAUGCAAUGCCAUUUUUAAAUUCCUCUUGAAAUCUUUUUGGGCUGUUUUAUAGCAUUAAAAAAGCAUGCUAGUUAAAAGGUAUGGACAGCCUAUUGAAGUCAAGACAUAACUGUGGCUCAAAUCGAAGUGAAAUAUCAAUCUUUAGAGAAACAAAUGCAACAUGAGGUGUGUAGAAAUUUAAGGACUGAAGGCACAUGAAUGACAGGGACAUGAACCACCAAAACAGAUCCCAUAGUAUGGUAGUGUAGGACAAAAAAAAUUAUUUGAAAUUCUAUCAUUUUAGAAGCUGAAAAUCAUUUAUUCAAACACCUUUUUGUGUCUAGUAUUAAUAAAUUAAACCAGAGAACAAUUAACUUGUUUAUGUCUGGCAAAAAUAUUAAACCACAAGGUAAUUUACCUUUCUAAAUCUGAAUAUCUUUGACCCAGGCGCUGUUUUUAACGCCUACUCAAUUUAGCCACUUACGCUACAUAAUUAAUCAUGGUCACUUAAGAGUUCAUCAUUGUCCUCUCUAGCUGAAAACUUGGCCAGCUGAUGGUCAUUUUUCACUCUAAGGGCUGCAUCAUACCAAACAGUAGGAUACCUAAAACCCUGGCUUGUGCCCCUUGACAAAUGUCCUUAAUGUGCACGUGCCUCAAUCUGACCAUAUAACAGCACAUUACACCUUAUUCCAUAAACCCACUUAUCAGGUCACACUCUAUAAGCUAGAAAAAGGCAGCUUAUUUUGUUCAUCUUUAAAAAAAAAAAAUAAAAAAAAAAUCAGGUGUUACCUUUUGCAGUUUAUAUUUGUAGACAGAUUUUACAGAUUGUGCCCCCAAGGUUUAAAGCUAGAAAUCCUACUGCAGGAUAAAAUGUUGCCAAAAAGCAAAACUACUGCCCUCUACUGUCUCAAUCAUGGAGGUACUCGUGUUUCCCAUGAUGCUCAGUGAAAGCAACCCUGUCCCUGAGUUUAAAUGUCAGCUUUUUAUACUGUAUUAUUGUAAGUACAAUAACUGUAUCAUAUUUAAAUAUUAAAUGCUGUUAAAAUAAAUUCAAACUUGUAAA